GUGGAUGAGGUGUGGAAGAAUGUUGCUAAUCGACAACCGCAUUCCUUGUUGCCAUCAAGGAAUGCAAAGCUAGGAGGGUCAGCAUAUAUAUUCCAGGCCUAUGACAUAGUCUUCAUACUCCAGGGCUCCUUUCUUCCUCCUCACCGCAGAAGCGAUGCGUACCUCUCUAGCCAGCUGUUUCCUCAUUGGCAUUGUGCUCUUCCUGCUGAAUUCUGAUCAUGCUCUCGCCGACAAGAUCUUGGAUGCGCCGACGGAUACUAUAACCUCAUUCCCUUGUGAUACAACGGGUAAAUCGUUUUCACGCUAUGACGCUUGCACUUCUUCCCUAAGCAGCCGCGCCCAGAGUUGUACUUUCACCGAUGCGAAAUGUGCCUGCAGUGCAGCCUCGUCCGGUUUUAGUUGUCUCACCGAGUGGUGCCCCAGCGAUACUUCAGCAGUCUGCCCAGCAUCCUUGUUCAUUUCUUCGGGCUGCUCCCUUGCAGGCCAACCAGGGCCCCUUUUUACUCACUACUCGUGCCCGACGACUUUCGGCGACGACAUCUCUUCUGAGUUUGCGUCACUUUUUGAUUAUAUUAGUACCGCUUUCGAGACAGGCGCUGGCCGCACGUGGAAGCCUUCAUCGGAAGGCAGCGCGAAGGACACAGGAGCAUCGACAACUACCAGUCCGACUGCAUCAUCAGCCAAUUUCACCAUUACGGCGCCUUCUAACGCAGCCAAAUCAGGGAACGCAAACCCUAUGUUGCCUGAAAAUGGCCCCCUUCAGAGCAUGAUGCCGAUGCUCGUUGCGUUUGCUUUGGGGCUCGGAGGUCUUGCUGUAAUCCUAUAGGUGUCAGAGAGAGGCUGGGAUAAUAUGUAGGUUCGGUAACCUCUCGACAAGAUGCGCCGGAACAACCCCCGACCCGACGUCACGUUCCGUCACGUGAUCACUCAAUACACCUCAAGGGCGACGUGUAGGAACAACGUAUAGGAAUGACGUUAAAUAGGCCUCGCUUUCGAUGGCGCUCACGAGCAAAAACGCUAGUCGGAAGAAGGGAUAAUAG